CCAAAUAUGGAUUAUAUUCCUCCUAAUUCAAAUAUCCAAUUAUUAUAUGAUGACCAAGCUACUACUACAGAUGAGCUUUUCCAACUGAUCUCAAGUAAUAAUUUUCCUUACAAAUUAUUAUAUCCAGAAAAUGAGAUUAUUAUUAACCAAGAACAUCAUCAUGAUAAUGCUCAUGAUCAUGAUGUUACUCCACCAACACCUUCUCAGAAGGGCUGUGAGCCAAUCUUUGCUGGCGGUAGGCGGCGCAAAUCAUCAAAUUUGGACCAAAAUCAAGAACCAAAUGAUGACGAUGAUGAUGAUCAAAACCCUAAUGACAAGAAGAAGAAGAAGGUCAUACAUAGAGAUAUUGAAAGGCAAAGAAGACAAGAAAUGUCUGCCUUAUACGCUUCUCUAAGAUCACUUAUCCCUCUUCAAUAUCUCAAGGGAAAGAGGUCAACAUCGGACCAAAUACACGAAGUUGCAAAUUAUAUAAGAGACUUAGAAAGAAAGAUGGAAAGAAUGAAGGCAAAAAGGGAUAGCUUAAAAAAGAUGUCAGAUUCUAGUGACAAUAAUAAUAAUGAGAUUAUUAAUUUGGAGUCAACUAAGAUAAUUAGUUUGAGGCACUGUAGUAAGAGAAGAUCCGUUGAGGUUUUCAGUAUUAGUAGUGAAGGAUUUUCACUCCAUAAAUUAAUUCUUAGAGCUUUGUCCACAGAAGGGUUUGAUGUUAUCAGCUGUGUUUCCGCAAAAGUCAACCAAAGAUUUCUCCACACCAUUCAAACCGAGGCUGUGAGUGAAGAGAGAAGCUUCGAUCUAUCGAAGUUGGAACAAAAACUGAAUAACUUGAUUGUGUAAUUUCUAGUCUAGUAUAUAAAAAUGUAUAUAAGCAACGGGUGUAGUGUUUUCCCCGGCUGGGGUUCUGGUAAUUAUCAAAUAUCAAUUAUGUAAUUUCUUAAAAUUACUUCAGUGAUUUUUGAAAUUAUAUGUGCGGAUCAAUUAUAUUGAACUACAUUUCUCUAAUUAACUCUACAAAGUACCUGCCAAAAUGGCGGUGAAGUACAUGAUACUAGCUAUUACUUUUUUC